AUAAAAACCCUUCGGAGGCCGAGGGUAGGUAUCCGCUUUUCCGCGCCCUCCUCUUUCCCCUCGAGCAAAGCUCGCAAGCUUCUCUUCCAUGGCGAUACUCUCGUAGCUCCUCCCCUACCUCACGAUGCCGCCCAAAGAAAGAAUAGCCUAUUUCUACGACGGAGAUGUGGGUAACGUCUACUUUGGACCCAAUCACCCAAUGAAACCGCAUCGUUUGUGUAUGACACAUCAUCUUGUGCUUUCGUAUGGACUUCAUAACAAGAUGGAGAUUUAUCGGCCUCACAAGGCAUAUCCGGUGGAACUUGCGCAGUUCCAUUCAGCAGAUUAUGUGGAAUUCUUGCACCGGAUAACUCCUGACUCACAACACCUAUUUGCAAAUGAACUUGCUAGAUAUAAUCUUGGGGAAGACUGCCCUGUUUUCGAGAACUUGUUCGAGUUCUGUCAAAUUUAUGCUGGUGGCACAAUAGAUGCUGCCCGAAGAUUGAAUCAUCAACUCUGUGACAUUGCUAUAAACUGGGCUGGUGGUUUACACCAUGCUAAGAAGUGUGAGGCAUCUGGCUUUUGCUAUAUCAAUGACUUGGUCCUGGGCAUUUUGGAGCUUCUAAAGUACCAUGCAAGAGUUCUCUACAUUGAUAUAGAUGUUCAUCAUGGAGAUGGAGUUGAAGAAGCUUUUUAUUUCACAGACAGGGUGAUGACCGUAAGUUUUCACAAGUACGGAGAUAUGUUCUUCCCUGGAACAGGCAAUGUUAAGGUAAUCGUUUUUUGGCAGAUUGUUGGUUUAGUGAACUCAUGCUAUAUUUACUGUUCUAGUUUGGUUUUCCCUUUGUAAUUUGUUCUGGUGUAAAUGUGGUGUUUUUGUCAUAUUAAUUGUUCUUUGGAAAUUUCAAGUCAAAAUCUU